GCGGCUGACGUCAAGAGCCGAGCGAAGUGAGAGGAGUUGAAAUAGGACAGAGCAGGAGCGGAGCGCUGAGAGGAAAACCAGCCGGAGGAGCUGAAGGAUGGCGAGCCGCUGCUGAGAGUUGGGACGCGCAACCCCGUCGCUACAAAACGCAGCUGCCACUGAUACACCAGCCCACGUAAUUCAUCUGAACCCCUUUUAAAACCCUGCCGAGCCGGAGGAGAGGAGUGGGAACUAAAAAGAGCGCAGUUUGGUCACGUCGCUGCGAGGAAAAAUCUGUGGCACAUUUGCACCAGUUUCCCUUCAUUUCUGCCCUCUUGCCUCGGAAUACCACAGGUACACACUCAUGGGCAGCCUGGGUGUUUGGGCUGUGGCUGUGGCCGCUCUGCUGGGAACCUCAGGGUGCUGGCUGGCUGAAGGGCACAAGAGCAGCAGGCGAGGCAGCGCUGAUACAGCCACAAUGUCACGUACCUCCUCCCAGGAACCAUUCUCCACGGAGAAGGGGAAAGCAGACGGGAACAUCGAUCAAUCCCUCUCUGACCCAGACGGAGGUCCCUGUCGUAGGACUUACUGCGGACGGGGUCGGCAGUGUGUGCUGAUGGCAGAGACCGGCCGCGCUGAGUGUGUUUGCCAGGAAAAAUGCCGGCCCUCCUUUGUGCCGGUGUGUGGCUCGGACGGCAGAUUCUACGAGAACCACUGCGAGGUUUACCGCACCGCCUGCCUGGAGAGGAGACGGAUCUAUGUGGUGCACAGCAAGGACUGCUUCUUCAGAGGCAACGCAUGCACCAUGUCAGAGUACAACAGGCUGAAGAGCAUGCUGCUGGAUAUGCAACCUAAAGUGCUUAAAACUGGAGAGCAGAGCCAGCAGAGAGACAUGGAGGAGAAGAGAGCACUGGUAGACACCAUGUUCAAAUACCUGGACGUGGACCAGGACGGCCGGCUGGUCAGUGAUGAGCUGGAAAAGAUCUCUAUGAAGGAGCACCUGGAGGACAGCCUUCUGGAGUGCACCAUGCAGGACCUGCUGCGUUAUGAUGACUACAACAACGAUGGACACCUCAGCCUACAUGAGUUCUACACAGCUUUCCAGGUUGUCCAGCUGAGCCUGGCAGAGGAUCAGCAGAUCAGUGUCUCCACGGUAACAGUGGGCCUCAGUGCUGUCCUAACCUGUGCCAUCCAGGGGACACUGCGCCCACCAAUCAUCUGGAAGAGGAACGGCAUCAUAUUGAACUUCUUGGAUCUGGAGGAUAUCAACGACUUUGGGGACGAUGGCUCCCUGUACAUCACCAAGGUGACAACCAUCCACAUGGGGAACUACAGUUGCCAUGCCUACGGCUAUGAAGACCUCUAUCAGACACAUGUGCUGCAGGUGAAUGUCCCUCCAGUGAUCCUGGUCUAUCCAGAGACGCAGGCCCAGGAGCCCGGCGUAUCUGCCAGCCUCCACUGCCACGCCGACGGCAUCCCAAAUCCCAAACUCCUGUGGCUGAAGAAUGGCAUGGACCUGCUGCCCAGAUCCUCCAAACAGCUCUCUCUCAUAGCAAAUGGAAGUGAGCUCUUUAUUGGCAGCGUCAGGUACGAGGACACAGGAGCCUACACAUGCAUCGCCAAGAACGAGGUGGGAGUGGACGAGGAUAUCUCCUCUCUGUUUGUUGAAGACUCAGCCAAGAAGACCCUUGCUAACAUUCUGUGGAGAGAAGAAGGGUUGAGUGUGGGCAAUAUGUUCUAUGUGUUUUCUGAUGAGGGCAUCACUGUUCUUCAGCCCAGCGAAUGUGAGAUACGCAGGCACAUGAAGCGCACAGAGAGGAUUGUUGCCACCUAUGAGGAGAUGUGCCCUAAAGGUGAAGGGGUGUCACCUCAGCACUGCGUGUGGUCCUCAGCAGUCAACAUCAGAGAUAAGUACAUCUACGUGACCCAGCCCCUCCUGAGCCGACUGCUGGUGGUUGAUAUUCAAGCACAGAAGGUGGUGCAGGCAGUAACAACAGAUCCUUUUCCAGUGAAGAUGCUCUAUGACAAGUCACAUGACCAGGUGUGGGUCCUAACAUGGGGGGAUAUGGACAGAACACACCCAACCCUCCAGGUAAUUCCUCAAGCCAGUGUCGGAGAAGUACAUCAUGCAAUCCGCACGACUUUCCAGAGGGUCAACGACUUCUUCAUUCCUCCGACCAACCUCAUCAUCACCCAUGUGAGGUUUGCCUUUGUCUUCCUCAAAAAUGAACCUGCGGUACACAAGAUUGACCUGGAGACCUUCCACCGGGUCAAGACCAUCAGCCUGAAGAACUACAGCUGCAUACCGGUCAACAUGGCCUACACACAUCUCAGUGGCUUCUACUUCGUCCAGUGCCAGAGCAAGAGCCACCUGCAAGCCCCGCCCCAGCUCCUCAUCGACAGCGUGACGGACACGGUGAUUGGUCCAAACCUAAACAUCACAGGGCAGCCGUUUGUGUCACCAGACGGGCGCUACAUUGUGACACCUGACCCGCAGAGCUCAAAGCUGAUAGUACAGACCGUGUCUUUCCAGGGGGAGCUGGGUCUGAACCAGGAACUGGACGAGCCUGUAGCUGUCUCCGAUCUGGCUUUCCAGCCGUCCUUCACAGAGUCCAACCAGCAUGUGGUUGUGGCCACCUCAGGCUCAGGCACGGACCUGCUAUUUGCCGAUCUGUCCUCGGGCCGUACUGAGGUUCUCCGGAGCCUCAAGGAGCCCCUGGCCCCCCAAGCCUGGCCCUGGGGAGGCCCCAACAGAGUAGUGGUCUCCAGUGGAUUGUUCGGACAGUACCUGGUGACGCCGUCAGCCGAGUCCCUCUUUGUCCUGAAUGGCAAACAGAGAACGCCGCACUGCGAGGUGUCAGACAUCAAGAGAGGGAACACAGUUGUCUGGGUCGGCGAGGUAUGAGUAAAAAAGAAAAGAAAGAAAGCCAGAGACGUAGGAUUAGGGACAGACGCAAAUGAAAAAAAGGAAAGAUCAGGCCAAAUUACCUACUAUAAAGAUUUAUGUGAACAUAAGUUGUGGACUCAACCCUGGGACUGAGCAAGAGGGAUACAUGCCUGGGUUUAUUGUAACAAAAGUACACUUAAAAAUAGAGUAAUUGAGAAAACAUUAAGAAACCCUGUUGUGAUAUUUCUAUUGGGAGAAAGUGUCAAUGCCGUUCAGUGCAACAGUGAUCUAUGUGCACUUAACUAUACAGAAUUGUACAUUAUUGCACUUCCUUCCAUGUUAUCACAGCAAAUAGGUACCUGAAGAGGGGUUAUUAACGAACUAUGAACUAUGCACAAUGCUCACUUUUUUUAGAGUAAAAAGCUUUCUGAUUUUGUUUAUCUCAACAAUGUUUGUCGUUUUCACCAGUGCUGCAUAUAAUCACCACAAACUGUCCGUCUGUCCUGUCUGCCUUUAGUGUAUGUGUGUUCUGAGUCCUUUUAAAAGCUACCAAACCCAUCUGUUUAUUCGCCUUUGUCAUGGUAUUGUACUGUAUCCUCCCUCUGAAAGCUUUCAUUCUCCUCAUGCCGGCAGAGGUUGGCUUUAUGCACACGUGUAAUACCCUCUAUUUACAUUGUGUAUCCAAAGAGCCCAACUGGUCCAUUAGCCGUCGUCAAUGGAUGUUUCGCUCGCAGAGGAAGCCUAACCAGAAAUGAACAGUACAUCUUUUGGUCUCUUGCAAUGGUAUAAUCUGUCCCCCGCUGUCUCUCACAUUUAUUCUAUACCUACAGCACAACUCUGUGCUGCCGAGCCUGAAAAUGCCACUUAGCAGAUUCCCUCAGGGUAAUGAUUCCAGUUUACGCUGACCCCACAUGCUGAGGCCGUGCCAAAGUGGCAUCAACUCCACUAUCUGACUGGCUGUGAGCAUUUGUACAUCCUCCCAGAGAGCCAUGCAUCAAGAUCAAACUCCUAGGCAGGUAGACUCCAUUUACCGUGUGGUAGUUAUUCAGCUUUACGUAAAAGACUGUAAGACAAACAGAAUAUCUUUUUAUUAGUUACGUCUAGUCAGCAACAAAGCUUAUAUUUUGGAUUUGUCAUUUGUAUCUGGAUAGUUGAGAUAAAAAAAAUGUGCUGUAUCUCAAAACCUAGUACCCUGUUUGAAAAGUAGGGCUACAUUGUAAAGACAUUAGCAUUACAUACAGUUUUACCUUCAUCCUAUUUCCAGGAAUAAUUAUCAACUGUUAAAUUACAAAAAUGACCAUAAUUUUAAAGGUUUCCUAAUAAUUACUAUCAUUGAAAGUGUAUACCUACUUUUGAAAAAAAAAAAAAAACGGUAUUAUCUGUCUUGAGGCAGUAACCGAAUAAACACCAGCAGCUCUUCGUCCUUCAUAAUAGCAGAUAUGUUCUCUCUGUGUUCCAAUCAUCUUCUUUGUAAUUUGCUUUUGCCAUUUGCACUAAUCAUUAUAAUGAUGGUCCAUUAGCAGCAAGACAAUGCUGCUGCUUCUCUGCGGAUGUAAUAAUGUUAUCAGAAAUUACUGGAAUUAUAAUGUCUCAAACAUCUCUGCCCCUUGACAGUAGUGCUGAAUGUCUGUACGUGAAUACUUGGCCCGGACAUCCCGCUUGAUGGCUCAUAGAUAUUGGCUGAAAAUGGGUGCCAGUCUUGGGGCAAUGUUUUGUUUUGUUUUUUUCUCUUAAUGCUGCAAGCCUCCAAACCUCAAACUACAGUUAAAAAAUGAAGGUCCGCCUUCGCCAUUUGGUACAGAUGUUUUCAUUUUCUAAUUUUACAUUUAAGAUAGAUCAAAAAGCUGAUUCCUGUAGCAGACAAAUUUUGUAUUUUACCAAAAUAAGCAUUUAAUUAAUCACAUGAAUAAGCCUGCUUCUAAUUUUGAAAUUAGAAAACAUACAUACUUAGAAAACUAGCGCCCUUCGUCAUUGUAUUUCUGGAAUUUGCUGUGUUCUAAAUAUAGUCAGCCUGUCUAAAUCUGUUUUUAAAUUAGCUUUCACUGCCAGCACAAAUCAGUGAGAAGCAACACAUAAGACAUAAUCCAGAACUUUACCAAUAAAUUAAAUCACCUAGAAAUCAUGGGCUAUGGAAACAAGCACUAAUGCUCAGUCCCUUCAUGGAAAGAGGAAAUAUUUUCUUGAUAGUCUUUGGAAGCUCUCUUGUACAUACAGUUUGUGCUCAAAUACUCACAGCCUGUAGGAUUUUGCAGUUGACUGUUUUCUUUCUUGGUGCAUUAAAUUUGUUUUAAAGAAGUGGAAUUGAACUCGUAUUUAUCUCUGAAGGCCGUCCACAGACCAAGUCCAAAGGAGCCGUCUAAGAAAAGUGUACCACUGUAAGUCUAACUGGAGUUUCCUGAAUGGAGUAUAUCUGCUCAUGUGUUGUUGUUUUUUUACCCUGACACAAACAGCAGCCCAAAUUAAAUAUUAACCAUCAUCUCCUAAUAUGUAGUUGUGCCUGUAACUCCCCUAAUGCGAUGCAAUGUGUAGGGUAGAAGCCACGCUGUGUGAGAAAAGAAAAAGUUAAACACAGGAGUGAAGCAGAUUUGUUGUUCUUGUGUGUGAUUUAGGUAUUUGCUGCUAAUCUGCCAUGAAAAUACAUUCUGGCAUGAAAGCCUGCUAAAUGAACUUUUUGAAGGCAAUGACUUAAUGAUAGACCACUGUUGCACUGAGGAGAGAAUAUACUAUCUGACAUACAUUUAUGUUUAAUGAAAUUUGUCGAAUUGGUAGCCCAGUUUUCUCACUGUAUCAUUGAAAAAAAGAAUUGUCAACUUACUUUUAAAAAAUUCAGGCUCUGAUGCUUCCUAAAGUCACUAUCCCAUCCAAAGUCACUCCCCAGUGGCUCUAAUGGAGCCAUCUACAGUAUUGGACAUCUCCAAGACAUGCAUGUAAUGAAAAUAGACCUUCAACAUGAUCAUCAUUGACCACUCUCAGUGAUCUCUCACAGUCACAUACGGUUUACAGUUGCUUGUGAAAAAGUCACUUUUUCGCCCUGUCAUCGUCACGUCCGUCCGCUUAUCUCUUAAGGUUGAUUCAGCAGUAUGACAUUGCUACUAGAGCCAAGGAGAGCAAGAACAAAGAGACUGCACCUGCGCUUGCUGAUAUAACUUCAUUAUUGGCUAGCCCAUGUUGUUUGUUUGGAUCUACCUUCAGUGUCACAUGACUAUUUCUGUACCUCUCCUUGAACCCUCAAGUAAGGGGGCUGCAGAGCUGAACCGCUUGGUGUGAUAGACAUUGAUAGGAACCACUGUUGUAGAUAACCUUGUUCAUGUUUAGAACACGUUCAGACAUGACAAAACUGACUGUACAGUUUUCUUUAUGCAUUUUGUGUGUUCUGGUUUAUGAGGGAAUUGUUUUGUAAGAAAAAAUGGAAUUAAAUAUAUUGUAAAAAUCA